GACUCCGGAAGUGCUUUGCAAAGUUACUACAAAAAUUGUGGCAACACGCCAAGUGAACGAAUCAAGAGUUCACGGUUUGUUUUGGUCGCGCUUUCACAUCAAAAUCGACUUAAAAUCACGGCCGUUUAAGCCAUUUCCUGCUAAUUAGGGAAUCUAUUGAUUUACAUUUUGCGUCGUCAUAAAACAACUUGAGCUAAUUUUUAAGUACUCCGAGAAGACUGCAUUCUGGCAAGAGAACUUGCAUUCUAUAAUCCAAGGACAUAACAUGAACUUGUUUUCUUACCCUAGAUCUACAAAAGGCAAAAUAUCUCAAAAUAGCGCACGCUCAAACAACACUGUAAUUUACAAAGUGACAACCAUCAACCCAACUACAUGUAAACGGCGUAGAUGGAGCGAUUUCAUUGGCUAUUUACUUGUAAUUAGACUUUGAUUGACAGAUUUUUGUUCGAAAACAUUGAGAAAACCAUGUGAAGUCCUUUCCGCCCCACCUACCGGAGAUCCUGAUUGGCUCGUUUUGAAUAGAACAAUAGGGCUCUACAAGUUCAAAGAAACCGUACGUUUUGAGCUCGGCGCAUCGCAAUGAAGUGAAUCACAUGUGCUUGCUUACGUUGUUGCGAUUGAAAUCUCUACCUGAAAACUUGGUGGAUGAAUCGCGCUAGUUUGACUCGGCGACUAAAUGCGUUUCAAGUCCAUCGCGAUGGCGGAGGGCUUUGAUCACUAUAUACAACCGCCAGAAGUGUGCCCCAAGUGCAUGAAUGCCUACGAAAACCCUAAAGUUCUACCGUGUUUACAUACAUUCUGUAGCCAAUGCCUGAGUGAAGAACUACACCGUGACUGUGAGGGGCGACUGAACGUUACAUGUCCAAAGUGCUUACGCGACUUUCCUUUACGCGAUGGCGCUGAAAACCCUUUGGAUGAACUCCAAGAGCUUCCACCAUUCUUCAGCCGUGAUAUUUUCGAUGUUCUCGUUCCGCGUCAUCAUGAAAUCGCCGAUAGUAGCAGCCUAAUCCGUGCCGUCAUACGCGAGUGUAGUAACUGCGGAGAAGGUUCGAUGGUGACGGCCCAUUGUAAGGACUGCAAUGAAUUCCUCUGCGACAGUUGUGUCAGAGCACACCAGAGAGUUCGCCUUACGAAAGACCACAGAAUCAUGUCGUUCAUUGAAGAAGCAGCGAUUUUACAACAAGGCCAGCGUAGUGAAGCAAGCGCCGCAACUAGUAUCAGUCUAGUCGUGACGAACGCUACAACUUCUACCACGAGAGUUUCUAACUCGACUCCUGUCGAAUCCACAGACAAUCUUACACGCUGCGAGAAGCACGAAAACGAGUUUAGACGGCUAUUUUGCGAUACAUGCUAUCAACCGAUUUGCCGCGAGUGCAUGUUCAGUGAUCACAGUGGACACAAUUUCGUCUAUCUUCGCGAUGUUGCCGAGACUACAAGAGGCGCUGUGGGGAAACUCCUAGAUGCGGCCGUGAAUGAAACUAGAAGCAUCGAAGAGGCGAUCAAUGCUUCACAGAUGACAGCCGAUAAAGUAGAGUACAGAGCUCAGGUUGUGGCUAAAGACAUACGUUCUACGAUUCGCAGGCAUAUGAUAGCAUUGGAAGAGCGAGAGAGGGAAUUGUUACGGCGCGUUGAGAAAGUCAGACAAGUUAAAGGCAGUUCGCUACAACACCAAAUCGACGAAUUGCAGAAACUUUUAAGCAAUGUUCUCAGCGUUAAAGAGAAGUCAGAACAUGUUCUUAAACAAGGCACUGGCCCCGAGCUGUUGGCUGUCAAGGGGCAGCUGACCGAGACCUUAAAUGACGCGCGAUCGAAACGUGGAUUACUGCAACCUCACGAGGACGAUGGCUUAGUGUUUACACCCCCAGAUUUGGCCCUCCAGACAGCGAUUAGCUCACUAGGUAUCGUCAGUAGCAAUGCGUUCGCUCCGUUCUGUUUCGCGACCGGUGAGGGGUUGCGACGAGGGGUUCGUGGUAAGAACAUUAUGUUUGUCGUGCAGUCCAAAGACCACCAUGGCGAGAACCGGUGCAUUGGGGGUGACCCCUUAAGGGCAGUCGUACAAGGACCGGACGGGAUUUCCUACCGAGGAGAAAUCACCGAUCGUCAGAAUGGGGUGUAUAUCGUGACUUAUAGACCUCAAGUUGAAGGCGAACAUGUUAUUUCAGUGACUAUACGGGGGCAACAUAUUCAGGACUCGCCAUUUCGAGUUGCGAUCAAGAAAGGUCGGAACUACAAUGGCGUUGGGCCCGUCUUGUUGUCUUUCGGAUCGGAGGGUGAAUCUGGAGGGCAGCUUUGUCGGCCUUGGGGUGUUUGCUGCGAUAGAAACGGUAGCAUUAUUGUUGCAGAUCGUAGUAACAACAGAAUUCAAAUCUUCGAUAACUACGGUAAUUUUGUUCACAAGUUCGGUUCUGCAGGGUCCAGGAAUGGUCAAUUCGAUCGACCAGCUGGAGUUACUUGUGAUCAUGAGCGCGACCGAAUCAUAGUAGCAGAUAAAGACAAUCACCGAGUCCAAGUGUUUUCACUCGACGGCACUUUUCUACUGAAGUUCGGCGAGAAAGGAAGCAAGAACGGGCAGUUCAGCUAUCCCUGGGAUGUAGCGGUGAACUCAGAGGGGAACAUUCUAGUUUCGGACACCCGUAACCAUCGUGUCCAACUUUUCACGUGUGAUGGCCAGUUCCUUAACAAGUACGGCUUCGAGCAAGGAAUUCACUGGAAGUGUUUCGACUCUCCUCGUGGUGUCGCCUUCGCGCACGACGGGAGGAUGAUAGUGACAGAUUUCAAUAACCAUCGCUUGCUGGUCAUCUCUGGAGACUGCAAGAGUGCUCAGUGGCUCGGUACUGAAGGAUCUGGACUGACGCAGUUCGUGCGCCCUCAAGGUGUAUGUGUUGACCAAGAAGGUAAUAUAGUCGUAGCAGAUUCGCGUAAUCAUAGAAUUCAGAUCUUCCAGCCGAAUGGCAACUUUCUGUGUAAGUUCGGUUCUCAUGGCGGUGCUCUUGGCCAGUUGGACAGGCCAUCGGGUAUUUGUGUUUCUCCGGACGGUCUUAUCGUAGUUGUAGAUUUCGGAAACAAUCGUAUUCAAGUUUUCUAAACAUUCAGGCUUCUUUAUAGUCUAGUUUAGUCUAGAGCGUAUUCUCUCUUAGUUAGGAUAUAAAACAUUUUCGACAUUCUAAUAGAAUUCGUUAAGUUUAUUUGCGUUAGCUUUGCAGGACAAGCUAACAUUUUAUUAUCUUCGAGUAUAAUGAUUCAAGCCUCAAGGCUUUGUUUUGUUUACUGUGAUUAGAGGGACGUUUAGCUAUUUAGCGAGUUUUCCCAGUAACGCAAAAUAGCUACCGUUAGUUAACAUCGAAAUGGCGUGAAAAUGAGCGCGUUUGAAGUCAUUCAUUCUUAAAGUAUUUUUGCUACAAAAAAGUGCGGGAAGGAAAUACAAACUCCCUUUCUUCAUUUUAAAACAACAAGAAAUCGAAAAGAAAAUAAUAUUAGGCGUUUAAGCUCUUGCAGAGUAUUUAUUUGAUCGUCGCAAAAAGGAUCUUCAUUUUAUAUAAAUAGCAUCCAAUGUUCGCAACGCGGCAAUUGAAUGGCCACUUACAUAAAUCACAAGUAUAUUUUAUUUAUGUUUGAGUUAACCAGAUUUCUGAUUAUUUAUUAAUUUCAUAAGGACAAGUUCCGCAGAUUUUGAGAAAAAAUAGUAUACACAUGUGUCGUUGUUUUCUGGAUCUAUUGUUGCUGUGUUAUUUAACUCAAAAUUCAACCCUAAUGUUCGGCUCCUUUUUGCCUCGCGAAGGUGUGAACUUUUGAAUAAGUUGUUGUACGACCUCCUUUCAAAUGAUCCCAUCUUUGUUAACACUAUACUCAGCCCUUAAUUGCAACGUUCUCGUAGUUUCUACGCAAUUUGUUUGCUAUAUCUAACUUUACCUAGCUUCAUCCGUUUUAUUAAGAAAAAAGAAAAGUUUUGUUAAUCGUGUUCAAGUUUAAGCAUCAAAAUGUCCGAUUACGGUGCUGAGAUCACCGUUUUUAAAAGCGAGUGAUUCAGGUUUUCUAAAAGUAUUUGCAUCAAAUCCAAGAUUGAUAUUAUUGUUCCAUUGGAAGAAAAAGUAAUCUAGCUUCGCAGAUUUUAAUAAAGCCUAAGUAGGUCCAACAUCCAUUGUUUGUUCAGAUUGUUCAGUUAGAAACAAAAACACAAAUAUGUUAGUUAUUAGAACUGUAGGUAGAAAUAAAAAACUUGUUAUUUCAAGCCGUAACAGUAUGCGGGAGUUGUUACAACUUUACCUGCUUUAGAUUUUAUAUAACUUAGUAUUUUUCCAAAUUUGUGUGCUCAAAAAGAUGAAGAAUAUAUAGAUAAAGUGUUGUUUUCUGAUUGCUGUGGUUAACGUUUUCGAAUGAGUCGCCAAAGCUAUUUGUAAUUCUGCAAAGCAGGAAUUUUCAUCAACAAUAUUGGUAUUUUUGAGAACCUUUAUCUUUGCUAAAAUAGUAAUCACUAUUACCUAAUUCGAAAUUUUCAUGUAAUAGUAUAAUCAGAAGAUUGCAAAUCAAACAACAUUAUGAUAAUGAUAUCCACAUGUGAUUGAAUUCCAAGCUUGAAAUGUUUUUAUUGUUAUGUCCUGUUCAGGGACUUUUGUCAAGUGAAUGAAGUACAGUUUGUUUGGGAAUUAUAUCUGAAAUCCUUCGUGUUGUUUCUCUAAUGCAGCACAUCACCUAAACUUCCUGGCCACUGAAUACUCCCUAUGAGCUUUUCCUGUUUUGCAUUCCUUUGCCAAUGCAACCAACAGAGCUCUGUUUUUAAGACAUCCCAGAGUUGAUUCCCGACUCAAAUUGUAUAUGAUUCACUUGAAAUUUUUUCAGUAUUGUUAUAGUUCAUAUUUCUUUGUGUAACUAAUUUGAAAAUUUUGAUAUUAUUCUAAUAUAUUUGGAAAAAAGCCAUCUGAAACCAAUACAUAUGGACUUACUUCUAUAAUUGAAUUAUACUCCUUUUGCCAUUUGAGGUGUUUAGCUAUCUCUGUGUCAGAUGCUUUUACAAAACUCAAUUAAAAAGAAAGCAAAUAGUUUGGCACCAAAUCAUGAUGUUUUCCAGAUCCCCCUAUUCCUGCUGAGAUUUAAUCCCCAACUGCUGCUUUCUGUGUGGAAUGAUCCUGGAGUACCUGUGUAGCAAGGGCUAGGGGUAUUUUCAAAGCUGCUGAAUUUAGUAGGGGGGGGGGGGGGGGGGUGAAUAGGUUCGCGGAUCGGCGGAUUCGGCCCCGAAAUGCUCACGGAUUACGGAUUUUGAUUAUUAUUUCAGCGGGUUGGUGGAUUUUGGAAAUACGGCGGAUCACAGAUCUGUCGACAACUUGGUCGCGGAUUUCGGAUUUUGACUGCAUUGACGGCCCAAUUUCGGAUUUUAAAUGAAUUUCGAUCGAUGCUAUUGUUUAUCUGUCAAACCAUGCGGAUCUUAAAAUAUCUGCGGAUCCACGGAUUUGCCCCGAAAAUGUAGCGGAUUGGCGGAUUUACGUACCCCUAUUCACCCCCCCCCCCAUUUUAUUUUACAAUCACUUAUUUUGCAAGUAUGACAUCAGCAAGCAGCAGUUUGGAAUGAAUUCAAGAUUAAUCUAACAUAUUAUCUAACAUAUUAUCUAUGCAGGGACUGAUUAAGUCAGUUUACUGGUUUCUACUAAAAUGAUGUCAUUAUAAAUGACAAAAAAAUGCAAAUCUCAUGCUAGUCCUUAUGAAUUGGCUAUGUUGGCUUGAUUAAUAUAUAUAUUUUUUAAUUCAAUGCCACAAUAUGGCAGAUAUUAUACAAAUUGUUCGUGAUCAUGUUAAUGAAUUAAAGAAUUCUUUUAUAUUUUUUA